CCGGCCCCGCCCCCCGGCCGCGUGGCUGCGCGUCCGGGCUGUUGCCGAUAAAGUUGUCUGACGCCAGGCGGCGGCGGGUCACGUGAGCGGAAGAUGGCGGCCCCGGCAGGUGGCGGAGGCUCCGCGGUGUCGGUGCUGGCCCCGAACGGCCGGCGCCACACGGUAAAGGUGACGCCGAGCACCGUGCUGCUUCAGGUUCUGGAGGACACGUGCCGGCGGCAGGACUUCAACCCCUGUGAAUAUGAUCUGAAGUUUCAGAGGAGCGUGCUCGAUCUUUCUCUCCAGUGGAGAUUUGCCAACCUACCCAAUAAUGCCAAGCUGGAGAUGGUGCCCGCCUCCCGGAGCCGCGAGGGGCCCGAGAACAUGGUUCGCAUUGCUUUGCAGCUGGAUGACGGUUCCAGGUUGCAGGACACCUUCUGUUCAGGCCAGACCCUCUGGGAGCUUCUCAGCCAUUUUGCACAGACCAGGGACUGCCUGCAGCAGCCUGGUGGGGCGACCCCAGUGUGCGUGUACACGAGGGAUGAGGUGACGGGUGAAGCCGCCCUGAGGGACACCACACUGCAGUCGCUGGGCCUCACUGGGGGCAGUGCCUCCAUCAGGUUUGUCAUGAAGCGCAGUGACCCCGGGGGCAAGACCCCAGGAAGCCUGGACUCAUCAGCGUCGGCUGGCCAGGCAGCAGCCAGCCCCCCAGUCCCCUUGGAAUCUGGGGAGCUCUGCCGAGGUUACCCGAGCCGUCAGGAGGACGUGGACACCAUGGAGUCCAGCUGCGAGGCUUCGCAGGAGAAGCAGAGCAUGAGGGCGCCCAUGCCUGCCCCCUUCGUUCCAUUCUCGGGCGGGGGACAGCGACUGGGGGGCCCCUCUGGGCCCAUGAGGCCUCUGAUUUCAUCAUCAGCCAAGUUGCUGAAGUCCGUCUGCAGCCCCGGAGGCCCCUCCAAGCCAAAGAAGUCCAAGCCUGGCCAGGAUCCCCAGCAGGAGCCAGAGCCAGAGCCGCCCGUGGACCGGGUGCCGGUGGUGUGCCACCCCGACCUGGAGGAGCGGCUGCAGGCCUGGCCAUUGGAGCUGCCCGAUGAGUUCUUCGAGCUGACGGUGGACGACGUGAGAAGACGCUUCGCCCAGCUCAAGAGUGAGCGGAAGCGCCUGGAAGAAGCACCCUUGAUGACCAAGGCCUUCAGGGAGGCGCAGAUGAAGGAGAAGCUGGAGCGCUACCCAAAGGUGGCUCUGAGAGUCCUGUUCCCUGACCGCUACAUCCUGCAGGGCUUCUUCCGCCCCAGCGAGACAGUGGGGGACUUGCGAGACUUUGUGAAGAGCCACCUGGGGCACCCCGAGCUGCCGUUUUACCUGUGCACCUUCUGUCCUCAGUCAUCGCUCCUCCAAAAACAGUCCUGGACGACUACUCGUGCACCCUCUUUCAGGCGAACCUCUUCCCGGCUGCUCUGGUGCACUUUGGAGCCAAGGAACCAGCAGGCGUCUACCUGGAGCCUGGCCUGCUGGAGCACACCAUCUCCCCAUCUGCGGCCGACGUGCUGGUGGCCAGGUACCUGUCCAGAGCCGCCGGGUCCCCUUCCCCAGUGCCAGCCCCUAACCCUGCAUCUGAGUCUGAGCCACCUGCUGAGGAGGGGGCGCUGGGCCCCGCUGAGCCUAUCUCAGGGAUGGUCCCACCUGUGAAGAGGAGCCUAGGCAAGGUGCCCAAGUGGCUGAAGCUGCCAGCCAGCAAGAGGUGAGAGCUGCCAGCCUGAGGUGCCCACCAGCCACAGGACCACCUCCCCUGCCAGCAGGAAUAAAGACUCUGCAUCCUUCA